GUGACGGUACCCGGAGCCAGAGGAGACCGGAGCGGCGGUGUCCGGGCCCCGGAACCGAGCGAGAGAGGGAGCUCCCCCGGCCCCAGAGCAGAGGGAUCCUGGGGCUGUGAGAUCCUCCCUACAGAAGCGAAGAGAUACCCCUUCACCACCCGAGAGAUCCACUCCCCCGCCCCUCUCCCCUCCUCCCCGGAGCCAGAGCCGAGAGACGCCUGGGCCAAAAGAUAGCCUGCUGCCCCUCCGUCCAGCAGAACCGAGGCACUCUACGAGGGAAGAGACUCCUUGGACUGAGUGAUCCCCCCACUCCAGGGGCGGAAAGACCCCAGGGACCUAGAGGUUCUCGUCCGCCCCCCAAUUCCCAGGGCGGAGAGACCCCAGACUACUGGGCGAUCCCUCCGCCCCCAGGGCUAAGGCACUCUGGGGACCUAGCGAUCCCCCCCCCCCCCCCAGGCCGAGACGCCCCAGAAACCCAGCGAUCUCCACCCCUACGGGCGGAGCAAGCUCCUGGACUGAGACUCCCUCCGACCUCCUGAGCGCCAAGUUCCAGAGGACAGAGAUUCCCGCCCCCCUCCUGGAGCGCCGAGACGCACCCUAGGGGCCUCGACACUCCCCAAAGCCGAGAGCCAGAGAUUUCUCCCUCUCGAUCCCCCCCCCCCCCCCCCCCCCUCUGGAGCGCGCAGAGCCUAGAGGCUGCGAGACUCCCCUGGAACUAAGAGACAGAUUCCCCCCCCACCCUCCACCCCCACCCCCACCGCCUUCUCUCCACCCCCGGAACUAAGAGAAGAGACUCUCCACCCCCUAUCCUCCUCCAUCCCCUCCCGCCCAGUCCCAGAUCGUGAGGGGGCCGUGAGAACGGUCAGCAGAGAACCACACACACACACACACACACACACACACACCUGAGACCACCCCCGGUCCCAGAGCAGAGAGCUCUCCCAGACCGCUUCGGCCCGCGUUGACCGGGAUACACCCUCGCAGACGAGGAAGGCUACCGGGCCUGGAGAGACCCCUUGCUCAGGAGAGGCAACCCUCCUUUCUUGGCUACCGGAAGGUGAGGAGGAUUGGGGGCCCUUGUAUUGCUGGUCCAUGAUCUCUUUCCAAGAUUAGGAACCCCAUCUUUGUCACCAAGUAGGUGUGUGACCGGUGCGAUCAGCUAUGGCCCCGUUCCUACGCAUCUCCUUCAACUCCUAUGAGCUUGGGUCCCUGCAAUCUCCUGAGGAAAACUGUCAGCCGUUCUGUGCCGUCAAGAUGAAAGAAUCCCUGACCACAGAGAGAGGGAAGACCCUGGUUCAGAAGAAGCCCACCAUGUACCCAGACUGGGCAUCGACGUUUGAUGCCCACAUCUACGAGGGACGGGUCAUCCAGAUUGUCUUGAUGAAGGCGGCCGAGGAACCCCUGUCGGAGGUGACGGUGGGUGUGUCCGUGCUGGCCGAGAGAUGCAAGAAGAACAACGGCAAAGCUGAAUUCUGGCUGGACCUGCAACCUCAGGCCAAGGUACUCAUGUCUGUCCAGUAUUUCCUGGAAGAUACAGAUUGCAAACAGUCCAUGAGGAUGGAGGAUGAGAGCAAAUUCCCCACCAUGAACCGACGAGGGGCCAUCAAGCAGGCCAAAAUCCAUUAUAUCAAGAACCACGAGUUCAUUGCUACCUUCUUUGGCCAGCCCACCUUCUGCUCGGUCUGCAAGGACUUUGUUUGGGGCCUUAACAAGCAAGGCUACAAAUGCAGACAAUGUAACGCGGCGAUCCACAAGAAAUGCAUCGACAAGAUCAUCGGCCGGUGCACGGGCACGGCGGCCAACAGCAGGGACACCAUGUUCCAGAAGGAGCGCUUCAACAUAGACAUGCCACAUCGCUUCAAGGUGUACAACUACAUGAGCCCUACCUUCUGUGACCACUGUGGGAGCCUGCUCUGGGGACUGGUGAAGCAGGGCUUAAAGUGUGAAGACUGUGGGAUGAACGUACAUCAUAAGUGUCAGAAUAAAGUGGCAAAUUUAUGCGGCAUCAACCAGAAGCUGUUAGCUGAAGCAUUAAACCAAGUCAGCCAGAAAUCUUCCCGGAAGUCAGACGCAGGGUCUACAGAAAGCUUUGGCAUCUACCAGGGCUUUGAGAAGAAAGCAGGUCCCUCUGGGGAAGAUGUGGCAGAUAAUGGGACCUAUGGGAAGAUCUGGGAAGGCAGCACGCCCUCCAAGUUCAACAUCGACAACUUCACGUUUCACAAAGUCCUGGGCAAGGGCAGCUUUGGGAAGGUGCUGCUAGCUGAGCUGAAGGGAAAGGGUGAAUUCUUUGCAGUGAAGGCUCUGAAGAAAGAUGUCGUUCUGAUAGAUGAUGACGUGGAGUGCACCAUGGUGGAGAAGCGAGUGCUGGCGCUCGCCUGGGAGAACCCAUUCCUGACGCACCUUUACUGUACUUUCCAAACCAAGGAUCACCUGUUCUUUGUGAUGGAAUUCCUCAAUGGAGGCGACUUGAUGUUUCACAUCCAGGAUAAGGGACGCUUUGACCUGUACCGAGCCACGUUUUACAGUGCUGAGAUCCUGUGUGGUUUACAGUUCCUACACAGCAAAGGCAUCAUUUACAGGGACCUCAAACUGGACAAUGUGAUGCUGGAUAAAGAAGGCCACAUCAAGAUCGCCGAUUUUGGGAUGUGCAAGGAGAACGUGGUGGGGGAGAACAGGGCCAGCACGUUCUGUGGUACGCCAGACUACAUUGCCCCCGAGAUCCUGCAGGGCUUGAAGUAUACAUUCUCAGUGGACUGGUGGUCCUUUGGCGUCCUCCUGUAUGAGAUGCUUAUUGGGCAAUCCCCCUUCCAUGGAGAUGAUGAGGAUGAGCUCUUUGAGUCCAUCCGUGUGGACACGCCUCACUACCCACGAUGGAUCACCAAGGAAUCAAAAGACAUCCUGGAGAAGUUGUUUGAAAGGGAUCCCACUAAGAGACUGGGGGUGACAGGUAACAUCAAAGUCCAUCCGUUCUUCAAGACUAUCAACUGGAUUCUCCUGGAGAAGCGGGAAGUGGACCCACCAUUCAAGCCCAAAGUGAAGUCAGCCGGUGACUACAACAAUUUUGACCGGGAGUUCCUAAGUGAGAAGGCCCGCCUAUCCUUCAGUGACAAGAACCUCAUCGAUUCCAUGGACCAGGCAGCCUUUGCUGGCUUCUCCUUUGUCAACCCCAAAUUUGAGCGACUCCUGGAGAAAUGAGUGUUCUGUUAAACCCUCUGCCUCCUCGGUCAAAAGCCCACCAGUGCUAGCUAGCUAUGUGUACCGGUUCCCCAGGGUGAACAGGGUUAGGAUAUCUCCUGGCCCCCUCUCAGCUCUCUCCUGGGCCCCCAUAAUAUGCAACAGUGUGAUUGUAAUUAUUUCUCCAGCUGCCUCCAUGCCCAUAGGCAGCAGGUCUUUUGCAUGGUUGGGGUUUUAGGUACCUUCCUCUGUGAAUCAUGUGUGAAUUUUCUGCUCCUCUAGUUGAGGAGAGAGAUUGUAAAUCCCUUGUUUUGUUACUUGAAUGUAGUUAUCUAUUGAAAAUAUAUAUUAUAUAUAAAUAUAUAUAUAUAUAUAUAUAUGAAAAGCUGUAUAUAUUGCUCCAUAGAGAAGAAACAUGUAAGGGAACUGGUGAUGUGUUAACUUUUUUUAUAAAAACACACAAACAAAAUCCAAAUAUAAACCAUGAGACCUCUUGGUUCUUUUAUUUAUGUCUCCAAUAAAACAACAGAAUGGUCUGAC